AUGCUUGGCGCAAAUAGCUUUGCGGGGAGACGCAGGUCCUUUUACCUGUGCUUGACCUUCGCCGCAGCCCUGGUAUGCUUCUUGAAUCUCAUUUUCUUGACAGAUGCCGUGGACCAGGAUAUCACGCUCCAUUUGCCCGGUCUCUCGCUUUUCCGCCCGUCGCAAAAGCCUCUAGAGGGGUCCUACGCGCACGAUCGACAUCCCAUCGAGGGUUUGAUCAAUGAGGCCAACCAGCAGUGGGAACAGUAUGAGACCAGUCGCUCAACUACUUUCCGUGAGACCGUCGCAAAGUACCGCCAGACUUACGGCCGCCACCCACCUCCCGGGUUCAAAGAAUGGUAUCAGUUUGCGCGCAAGCAUGACAUCCACAAUGUCGAUGAUUUUCAACAGAUCACCGGCGAUCUACGACCUUUUUGGGCCAUCCCACCGAAACAGAUCCGCCAAAUGGCGGCCCAGCUGCAGAGCUCUACUGGCAUGGCUGGCGUGCGCAUUCGCGACCACAAGGUCGUUUCAGAGUCCGAAGGAUGGCGCGUGGAAACCUUGUCGGCCUCGGUCAGUCGGCUCGCCAAAUACCUCCCGGACAUGGAUAUUGCUAUGAACGUGAUGGAUCAGCCCCGCGUCAUGGUGACCUUUGAGGAUAUCCAGAAGUAUCUUGAAAUCGAAAAAAACACCCGGAGCACCCCUGGCGAUGCAACAGACCUCUUCACCAAGGACAUGGACAACUUCUAUGACGAGAAGGUGGACGUGAAAGAGACGUUAGAUCCGGAAUGGUUCUCCAUUGCCGGGAAACCGUACAUGGAUGACCUGGGCGGAUUCAUAUCCAAUUUUACCGCCUCGUCAGACCUCUGCACGGUGGGACCUACCAUCAGCGAUCAGCAUGGAUUCUUAUUCACGGCUUCUAGUAAUGUCAUUACAAGAAAGUUGUUACCUGUCUUUGGAGAAUGCAAGGUCAGCGUGAACAAUGAUAUCCUGUUCCCGGCGAACAUGUACUUCAUGAAGGAUAAACGUUAUGUCUACAACUCAAAAUACGACUACGAAUGGGAAGACAAGGCCGACUCGCUCCUCUGGCGUGGUGUUACUUCUGGAGGUGUUCAGUUGGCAGACAACUGGUGGCACCUCCACCGUCAGCGCUUUGUGCAAAUGGCCAACGCUACGGAAAUGGACUCGAAGAAAGUCUCGAUCCUCUCCAAGGACAACAGCGGGCCAUACCGAGGGAUCUCGGACUUUAACGCGGCCGAAUUUGCCUCUUCCUUCUUUGACGUUGGCUUUACAGAGGCUUGGGGCUGCAUCCCCAAUUGCUCUUUCUAUGACAACGUCUGGACAUAUAAAAAACCCAAGGCAUUUAGCGAACAGUUUAAGUCCAAAUACCUAGUCGACAUCGACGGCCAUAGUUUCUCCGGUAGGUGGCGUGCCUUCCACCAAAGCAAGUCCCUCGGCCUGAAGGCUACUAUUUUUCGCGAGUGGCAUGAUUCUCGCCUCUUCGCUUGGAGACACUUCGUGCCUAUGGACAACCGGUAUGAUGAUCUCUACUCCCUGAUGACCUAUUUCAUCGGGUUGCACCCACCAGCGGCCGAAGAUGCUCUCUCAAGUCAUGGUCCCUACGUUCCGCGACAUGACUUUGAGGCCGAGGUGAUUGCUACUCAGAGCCGCGAAUGGGCACAUCGUGCCCUCCGCAAUGAGGACCUGGACAUCUAUCUCUACCUUCUUCUUCUCGAAUACGCGCGCAUAAUCGACGACAACCGCGAUACUAUCGGUUACAGUGGCGAUGGAAGUGAACUAGAACGCUUUGACACCCAAUAUCCAGUCCCUCUGCCCCUCCAACCCCUCGUUGGAGAAUGA